UGACUUUAUUUCCACCCCUCGCUCAGUCAGACGGUUAUAACCCUUUCUAGGCUAAGAGAAGGGGAGAAUGACACCUUAGCAGCAUAAAAAGCAUUACGUCUACACAUGACAUCCCUGGGCAGCGGGAGUAAAGGCUCAGAAGGGCAAAGCCAAGUGGCCAGAAAUAGACUUGGCUGGCUCUCUCUCGGUCCCUCUUGCGUGUCAUGUCUCCUUGUUCAUCCCGCUACCCCGGCAAGGGACAGGACGGGGAUUACUCGGCAGGGGAUUAAUACGGCCUAUCGUGGACUAGAACCAUGGCAGGGGCGUCCUCGGGGGUGAAAAGGCCUCGCCCCCCCCAGAGUGCAAGGGGGGGGAAGCAGCCUAUUGAAAAGGGCCGCUGGGCUGCUAAGGGAACCAAGCCUCUCCCAGAACAGGCUUCGGUCAAGUAUGUGUUAACUCUCAUUGUGGUUCACGUGUGCCGCAAGGUGCUGUUCAUACCCUUGGAGGUGAAGAUUAUGCUCUACUCCAUGGGUCUGUUCGUUGGUUCCCUCAUAUGUGACUUCCUGCCGCUGCCUCAGGUGUACAUGGGCCAGAGGGACAAUGUGUUUAACCUCUACUAUGUGAAGGUGGCCUGGGCGUGGCUCCUCCUGGUGGUGGGCUCCUUCAUCCUCCUGACCAGCGCCACCAUCGGCUGCGGCCACCGGGAGGUCAUCAAGAGGAACAUGUCGCGCCUGGUGGUGGGCACGUUCCUCUGGUACUUCUGGAGUCAGUGGUUCUUCGGCUACGUGGAGAACAGGACCGGCUCAUGUCUCGGGAAGGCCAUCAUCAGGAACAAGUACGACUGCAACACAGGCGGCCACCACUGGCACUCCUUUGAUAUCUCUGGUGAGUGUUGCGGUUCCCUUAGCCUUGUGUUAUAUUACUGUCAUCCCUUUUUCAUUGUUUUAUUCCCAGUCUUGAUGAGCAGCUUACACUGGCACUCCUUUGAUAUCUCUGGUCACGCCUUCCUGCUGGUGUACAUCAACCUGUUCAUCCUGGAGGAGGCGCGGACCAUAGAUGGCUGGGAGGGCAUCCGGGAGCAGAUCCGCCUGGAGGACCACCACCGCGGGGAGGCCCAGAACGACCCAGGGGAGAGCAAAACCACCCUGGAGGGCCUUACCCCCUAUGAUAUGGCCAUACUUAAGAUAAACUACGAGCAGUUCACGCCGUACAUCCGCUGCAUCUUCGUGGCGAUGACGGUGAUGAGCGUGCUGAGCGACGUCAUGCUCGUGUGUACCAUCAUCUUCUUCCACACCAUGCCGCAGAAGGUGGCCGGGGGGGCAAUAGCCAUGGCCACCUGGUUCCUUACUUACAGAGUGUGGUUCAAGGCCGAUGCUUCCCCCGGCCUGCCUGGUUGUGGUAUCUUCCAGUACCAGAACAUGAAGGAGAAGACCAGAGAGGUUCCCCUAAGAAGACGCUCCUCAAUUUGCAAGGAGCAUCGCGACAGCCUGCCAAUGUUCAUGGGGAUGCCUCUUUAUGGCCUGAAGAAGGAGCGGGAGGAGAAGCGGAAGGAGGAACGGAAGAAGGAGUUCGAAAGGGAGGAGGAUCGGUCCACCAUGGAGGAGUAUUCGGAGGGCGGGGAGGGGCGGAGCGGGGCCUGGGCGGGGGGGCCUCUCGGGGACGGCGCCUCCAGUCGGUCCUGGCGGAGGUAGGGACGCCUCGCCUCACCUCCCUGUUUGUUUAUAUACUUUUUUGUUCAGUCUCGGCUGAUUAAGUUCUUUCAGGUGCAAGCGUUUAUUGGUAUGGGCAUUUUCCUAACUUGAUUUUUGUACCGUUUUCAUUUAUGCGUUGUUGGGCCGCCGUGCCUCACCGCUCUAUCUGUAAGUAUGGAGUAAUGUGUUCACUUUCAGCCGGUUAAAUUCUCUCAAGUGCAAGUGUUUAUAUUCAUCCGUUCUGGGCAUUUUCUCAACUUGUUUUUUGUACUCCUUUCAUUGAUGUGUUGUGGGGCCGCCAUGCCUCAUCUCUCUGUCUGUAAGUAUGGAGUAAUGUGUUCACUUUCAGCUGGUUAAAUUCUCGCAAGUGCAAUUGUUUAUAUUCAUCCAUUCUGGGCAUUUUCUCAACUUGUUUUUUGUACUCCUUUCGUUGAUGUGUUGUGGGGCUGCCUUGCCUUGUCUCACUUCUCUAAUUUGUUUUAUACGAUAUUCCUCUUUGUUUCACCAUUAAUUGUUUCUCAGGAUAAAAGUUUCACCUCAAAAGCCAUUUCAUAUAAAUUCAAAACCAAGCUCACCAGUCUCUUAUAUGCGGCUGACAUUCACUGCGUCCCUCCAGUAGAAGAGAAGAAUUUUUAACCUUCCUUGAACGUCACAAUAUAUCGGAUCUUUUACCUAUCCAGGGGAGUGCGACAGUUUCGUGAGGCGAUCAGAUGGCUUGUGAAUAGAUGAGAGUGGCUUGAGUCUCUGUGUAACGUACUGGCCCUUAUCUUCCUUGUCUUGGGUCUUGAUAUAAACUCUUCUACUUGUUUUAAGAGGCUCUAUGCAGUGUCAUGUGCUGGCCUUGUUCUGCUAAUGGUGACUCUACAUUCUUUGGUCUUCAUCUGCAUUGAGUGGCUUGAGUCUCUUACUUGUCUUGGGUAAUGAUAUCAACUCUUCUACUUGUUUCGUAAGGCUCUGUGCAGUGUCAUGUGCUGGCCUUCCCCUUGUUGUGAUUCUCCAGUCUCUUUGGUCUUCAUCUGCAUCUUAACUCAAUCCUCUGUAUGAACACUGGAGGCAAAAGUGGUGGUAAUUCUCAGCACAUGCCGCUCUCUUUACCCUGCUCAGUAUGGGGUAUGUGAUCACUGACUCAUAUUAUAGUUGUUGAAGAUUUCUUGAUUAUCCAGGAUUUCCAUAUCACUUGCACUUUGCAUAUCGGCUUUCACAUGCGAACUUCCGAAGCUGUCGAGCUCAACCUUAUGCGUGCUGCUGGAAGUGUGUGUGUGUGUGAGUCCUUGGUGAGUGAGGAGGUGAAGUGUGAGCAGCCGAGUCACCUCUCUGAAACGUCCUCGGCACUUCUUAAACAAUAUACAUCGACGGAAAUGCAAAUAGCUUAACCACGUCCCAAAAUACCUUUAGUACUUUACCUCCAAACAAUUUAGGCUAACAUGUGAAUGGCUGAAUCAUGUCUUAGAAUCUCCUUAGUAUACUUAGUCAUCUCUGAACAGUAUUGGCUAACAUGGGAAUGGCUGAAUUGUGUCUUGAAAUGCCCAUAGGCUAAAAUGCAAUAGCUGAAUCAUGUCUUACAAUUUCCUUAGAACUUAGUCAUCCCCGAAUGGUAUUGGCUAAAAAUGGGAAUGGCUGAAUUGUGUCUUGAAAUGCCCAUAGGCUAAAAUGCAAUGGCUGAAUCAUGUCUUACAAUUUCCUUAGUACUUAGUCAUCUCCGAACAGUAUUGGCUAACAUGGUAAUGGUUGAUUGUUUCCUGAAAUGACCCUUGUAUUUUCUCAUCUUCAAAACACCAUAGGCUAAAAUGAGGUGGCUGAAUCAUGCCUUAGAGUCUUCUUUAAUACUUUUAGUCAUAUCUGAACCAUAUUGGCUGGAACGGAAAUGACUGAAUUGUGUCUUGAAAUGCCCCUUGUGCUUCCUCAUCUUCAAAACAACACAGGCUAAAAUGCAAUGGCUGAAUCAUGUGAGGAGUCUGAAGGAGAAAGUGCAUAAGGGACGAAGCCAACAUUUUCUAGUUUGCACAUUGCAGGUAAAGCAAGAAACAAGUUACGAGGGAAAAGCGACUCUCAGUACACCAAAUACAAGGUUGAUUUUCCCGUGCAACUUAUUUUUUGUUCUUUCUGCGAUGUGCAAACUAGAAUAAAUGGCUUUGUCCCUUAUGCUCCUUCUUCUAUGGAUGUCUCACGUCUCGAAAAGGCCUUUGCAUCAUCUAAACAACGUAGAUUAAAAAAUGAAUGUCUGAGUAAUGUCUCGUCCCUUUGUACUUUCUCUCUAAACACUUAAGGCUAUAACAUAACCGGCUGAAUCAUGUUUUUGCAACGCCCUUUAUACUUAUACUAGACAAUAUACGCUGAAAAAAAUGACAAUGGCUGAGUAACGUCUAAGAACACCUUUUGUACUUUCUCUUAACAGUAUAGGCUAAAAUAUAACCGGGUGAAUCAUGUUCCUGUAAUGCUCUCUGUAGUUAAGCAUCACUGACAUUGAAUAGCUGAACCAUGCCUUGAAAUGAAUGCCCUUUGAACUUUAAAUCAUUUACACGCUUCUAUCUCCGCCAUUUAUACUCCUAGCAGCAAGAGGCAGGUCCCAUAAGCCAGCACAAAUACGUACAAAAAAAUAAUACCAGCAUAUCAUCAGCAGUUUAACCCCUAAAGGGCGGGUAAUGGGAAUUCCCGCUCGGGUGAAGAAAGGCAGAAAGGCGGGGCGCGGGAAUUCCCAUCAUCCAAUUUCCCGCCAAAAUUUGUAGUUCCCAACAUCAUAUCUCCACUGUGCUGCAACUGUGCUGGUGUAAAAGGACUAUGAACUAUUGUUUUGUUUUCAAAUUGCCACACAGGGCAUUGAUGAAGAACACCUACAUAUAUCGCCAAAUUUUAUCAAUGUGGCACACACUCGCAAGCAGAAAGUCACCCUCCAACCCAGUCCUUUAGGGGUCAAGGCUUACCGUUACCUGAUCUGCAUUGUGUAAGAUGCACAAAUCUACUUAAAUCUAAAGGCAUGAGUGACGUUCUUUCCUUGAGUCUGGCCAAGUCCUACUCUUUGGGCGAGUAACUCAGGGUCGUGUUGCUGCUCAAAGGCGAGAAAUUCAAGCUUUGGCGCAGCGGUGAAGACCCAAGAUUGUGAUAUUAUGGCGAGUCCUCACGACGUCCCUCAUUUCCUGGGUGGUUGUUAUACUGAUAAAUUUGGAGCCAUUAAAAUAUGUACAGACCCAGAAAAUUAACUACCUAAGGCUUUUGGGAUAUAUUUAUGAGCUUGAUAUUAAUGGUGUUUUUAGAAAUGAUGUUAAGAGAUAUUGAUGUUAAGAUUUUGGGAUAAAAUUGAGAUGUUGAUGGAGAUUUUAUUUUAGGGAUAUGAAUGCAAAAUUUCUAGGGAUGAAUUUACUAGUGAUUUAAUUUUUAGAGCUGAAGUUUUGGAAAUUAAUGUAAAACUUCUUGGGAUAAAUUUGGGGUAUGGAUGCAAAGUUUCUAGGAAUAAGUUUAGGAUACCUAGUGAUUCAAAUUUUUAAGAGAGAAACUUGGAAGAGAACACCAAACUUCCAGGAAUAAACUUCAAGAUAUAGAUGCAAGAAAAUUUCUUGGGAUACAUUUGAGAUGUGGAUCCAAAUUUUCAAGGUAGUAAUAAAUUUAGGAUAAUGACGCAAAACUUCUAAGAGCGAAACUCGGGAACAUCAAAACUGACCUUCAAAAUUUCUACGGCAAAACUUUGGGGCUAAAGGAAAUGAGGGAGAGUCAUCGAGGGCCGCCAAUCUUACUUAAGCUAGUCCUAUGCAGUAUUCUCGGCUCCUUCUCGGCAGCGGGGAGCAAAGGCACCGGAUUGUUGGGGUUGAUAAGUUGAUAAGCCUGAGUUUGUGUUUCGUGCGAUCUUGAGUCUAGUCAGUUCGUGAGUCUGUCGUUCCGUGUGUCCAUAGUGAAGGUUAGACUAGAAGGUACACAGAGGAGUUUGCCGUUGUUUAUCAUUUACACGAGUAUUUUUCUAAUGCUUGUCGGUGGCCCUCCUCCUUGGUUGGGGGUGUGGCCCUUGGGUAGUCAUUACGGAGGUGGAUGUAAGUGUAGUCUCAUUAAUUAAACACUUUUUGACUAUCUCA